AUGGGUGAGGAUAAGCCAAUGGUGGAAGUAGAUAAAGCUUUUCUGCAAAGGAUUGCGGCUUCGGAUAAAAAGCGCAAUACAUCAAUGGUUCCUCCAGUUACAUCUAAAGGUUCAAGUAUUCCUCUUCUUGGUUGCAUCAUAGAUAUUCUUGUUCAUCUAUUUACGUUUUCAAGUACAAACUUUUGUGACGAACAAGACAAAGAAUUCGUUGAUGUGGCGGUCGAAGAAAAUCGUGCAGCUCAUAAGCAUUUUAGGCAACUCAAGUGUGCUAAACUCAAUUAG